AUGGGAAAAGCGAAGAAGACGAGAAAGUUUGGGCAGAUGAAGCGGAUGCUCAAGCCCAAGGACAAACGCGGUGAAACCAAAGCCCAGGAGGCACUAGAGAGAAAGCAAAAAGCUGAGGCCGUGCGCUCAGUCCCACAAGUGUCAUCGGCGCUGUUCUUCCAAUAUAACGAAGCGAUCAAGCCGCCGUAUCAGGUUUUGGUCGACACAAAUUUCAUCAACUUCAGCAUUCAGAAGAAAUUGGAUCUAGUCAAGGGAAUGAUGGAUGCUCUGUAUGCCCGCUGCAUCCCUAUCGUCACAGAUUGCGUGUUGGCUGAGUUGGAAAAGCUCGGACCCAAGUAUAGAAUUGCACUGCGAAUGGCCAAGGACCCUCGGGUAACUCAUUUAAAGUGCUCACACAAGGGCACCUAUGCAGAUGACUGCCUCGUUCAGCGGGUGAUGCAACACAAGUGCUAUAUUGUUGCCACUAAUGAUGCUGAUUUGAAGCGAAGAAUCCGUAAGAUCCCAGGUAUUCCUCUGAUGAGUGUGGGCGGCCAUUCCUAUGUUAUUGAAAAGCUGCCCCAGGCCUUCUAA